AUGGCAAGCGGUGUGCAUUGUUGUCACGGUGUUUGCAUUGUGGGACACUAUUGUUCCCGGUUUGCAUUAUCUGUCUCCCAAGAUAAACAUCUGGAUACAGCACUUUGGAUGUUCAGGGGCGGUUUGGCGAUUUCUUCUCUUCAUAUGGACAACUCCGAGUUCUCGUUCAAGAAGAAACCCAUCUUCCGGUACAACUCGCAGUCGCGGAUCAACGUGAUCAGCGACUAUCCGCCGCAGCAGUACGACCAGGUGGACCACGACUUAGACCACCAUCAGUUCUAUUCCAAGUAUAAAGGCGUCUUAAAGGAUAAAGACGAGCUUCCUGACGAGGUUUUGGACGAUCUGGACUUUGAAUACAAUUACGAUGACAAAAUCAGAGCCCCAAGAGUGUCUUUGAUCAACCCAACGUUCAAAUCGGAAGCAAGCAACGAUAAGGAUCCUAAAGAUCCGUCACAAUUGGAGAUGCAGCCGGAAAACAGAAACUAUGUUGCCGGGGAAACUGCUCGUCAAUACCGACCAGCGAGUUUUGAUCUUUCGAAACCAACAAGACAGUAUUCGCAAUCUACAGAGUCCAAACCGUCUGUGUCAAAGUUGCGCGAGUUGAAACUAAAGUUACACAACGAGCAAAAGAUAAAUUAUGUUCCUCCUGUUCUGCGGCCGACGCUGGUUGGGAUCCAGAGCCAGAGCCAGACGGACGUGAUGACCACGUCGGACGCGGCGAGCGGACGUAGCUCUGCGAGCCGGUCGAGGUCGUCGCAGGCGUCGGAGUCGACAGAACAGCCCAGUAUAGACAUCCCGCUCACGCCUGUGUUUUCCAACUCUUCCAGCUCCUCCAAAGGCGUGGAGCCCUCGCAUUCGCAUUGGAAACCAAACAGCUCGUCGUUCAUGUGUGCCGGAUGCAACGCGCAGUUCUCGUUGGUGCGCCGCAAGCACCAUUGCCGGCACUGCGGCGAGAUCUUCUGCUAUCAGUGCGUCCACAACCGCGCAAACUUGAACCUGCUAGCCAAGUUCGAGAAACCAGGGCUCCACAACAUCAAGCACGGCAGCCCGGAGACCGACGCUUCGAAGAAAAACUCGUACUGCAAGUUCAGUAAAGUGUGCGAAAAAUGCUUCAAAGAUUGGCUCAUAUUCCUGCAAAACGACAACGACCACGAACUAGACGCCCCGCUAGAAAACAUUGCCCAAGAGCAAGUCUUAAACAGAGACCGCAUGAACUCCCAGUCCAGCAAAACUGGGGUCCCCAACGACUGGAACUGGAGCUCGUUCUAG